CCAGGCAUACAUACACGCCCGCCAGCGUCCGCGUCGUGUCAAAAAGGACUGCUAGCACGCUCCUCCAUUGCUUGAGCGGUCCAAGUAUGGCCGACGCCACAGCUGAGGGGCUCACCAAAGCCCUACAGCCCAGGGACUCCUCUGCAUCCUACGAUGCUACUACGCGUCAAGAAGCAGGCCUCCCGCCACGGGCUCCCGAGUACGAUGUCGAGCGUGUCGAAAAGGUCUACAGGAAACUCGACUUGCGCAUUAUCCCCGCCUUCUGGACCCUGUACUUUCUUUGCUCCGCCAUCCGCUCCAAUAUUGGCCUGGCACAGACGAUGAAUGCAGAUGUCGGUCAUGACCUUGUUACCGUGCUGCGCCUGUCGCCUAAAGAUAUCUCUACGGCCUUGGCUCUCUUUUAUGUCUCCUAUGUCAUCUUCGACUUCCCCUCGAACCUCGUCAUGAGCAAGUUGAGUCCUCGCGCAUGGAUGGCCCGCAUAGUGUUCGCCGUCGGUGUCAUUGGUGCCUCUUUCACUGCCGUACGGGAUGCGUGGAGCUUGAAGUUUCUACGGUUCCUGCUUGGGGUUGUGAUCGCGGGCAUGUGGCCAGGCAUGGCCUACUACUUGACCUUGUUUUAUCCCCCCUCACGAACGGGCAAGCGCAUCGGCCAAUAUUUCACGGCGGCCCAGGUUUCAGCAGCUGUAGUUGGGUUGGUGUCCGCUGGUUUCCAACUCAUUGAUGGCCGAGGUGGGCUUUAUGGCUUCCAAUGGAUGUUCCUUAUCUACGGGUUAGUGGCCAUCGUCGUAGGCAUUUCUCUCCUGUGGUGGUUGCCAGACCGACCGCUACCCCCUGGACAGCCACGCACCAGCACCGGAAUCGCCAAGUGGCUUCCUGCAACACCCGAGGCCCUCACUGGUGAAGAUGCGCUCAUCCACUACGAAGACCUCAAGCGCGUCUACCACCCACGGCCUUGGACCCUCAAAGACCUAUUUGGUAUCUUGAUCGACUGGCGUUUAUGGCCGCUAACGCUAAUGUAUUUCGGCGUUGUCGGCGUCGGCAUUGGAACCCAGCUUUACGGAACAGUUAUCAUCAAAGGGAUCAAUCCCAAGUUCACUGGGGUACAACUUAGUCUACUGUUUGCACCCAUCUGGAUCAUGGACUUGAUUGCUAUUCUCCUCGUGACGCCCAUUUCCGACCGCUUUCAUCGGCUACGCCCAUUCUUCUUCUCGGCUGCUACGAGCAUCCAGAUUGCAGGGCUGUUAACAGUCACAUUUGCCCCAACCACGAACCCGUGGGCACGUUACGGUGGGCUUUUACUAAUCGGGUUCGGAUUAGGCCCAACCGUGCCUAUAUGUAUGACCUGGACGAACGAGAUCUUUCAGCGCCGACACGGCGAGGUCGGUGUAGCUGCCGCCUCAGCUCUUGUUUCAGGUCUUGGUAAUCUAGGCAGUAUUACCACGACAUAUGCCCUAUACACUGGCUGGCCAGAAGAUGCCGCGCCGGGGCCACGCCAAUACCGAAAUAGCAAUUUAGUCAUGGUCGCCAUCCUCGCCGUUAGUAUCAUCAGCAGUUUUGUCAUGUUCAUUGCCCUUCAGAUCGUGGGCAACAAACCUAGCAAGGCAUCCACCGAGAACGGAAAUUCUACAGAUGGCGAGUCCGCUUCGUUCCAAGAUGGUGCAGCCCGCCGCGAGCUUAAACAACGCGGGUUCGGUCGGACAUGGUGGAGCCAGAGAUCCUAGGCCUCUCUGCCUAGUGACGGACCCAUAUCACCCAAGCAUUUUCAACAAUAGCCUUGGCAUGUUAUCAACAAACCCCCAUCGGACAGCUCAACCUGUCGACAACAAUUCUUGUCACCAUUUUUGGGCUACUCGGUCUUCGUCUUCUCAUUCUCAAUGCAGGCAGCUGGCGGCUUUUUUUUUACGCGCAUCACGAGGGGUUAGCUUUUCGGCGAAAGUGCUACCACGCCAUCG